UUCUGGUGCAAGGUGACAGAUUGCGCUGUAAUCACUACAUCAAAAUCGCAUAUUUUUCAGACGGAGGAAAAUCUUUAUUUACAGUGUUUGCGCUUGCGGGAAUCAUGUCAGAGAAUCAGGACACGGAGAAUCAGCUGGAGUCAGAAGAGAAGCAGGAUUGUCAAGAGAAGAACUGUAACCCACUACUGGCUGAAGAGGCCAAGCUGAAGGCAAAAUAUCCAAACCUGGGACAAAAACCUGGCGGCUCGGACUUCCUGAUGAAAAGAUUACAGAAAGGACAAAAGUACUUUGACUCCGGUGAUUAUAACAUGGCGAAGGCUAACACGAAGAGCAAACAUUUAGUGGCAGCUGUUGGGCCUGAUAAGAACCUGGUGACUGGAGACCACAUCCCCACACCACAAGACCUGCCUCAGAGGAAAACCUCCAUACUCACCAGCAAACUAGCUGGAUAAACACACACACACACUCCGCCCAGCUGGGCUCUUCAUGAACGCUGCUGCACACACACACACACGCACGCGCGCGCGCGCACGCACGCACACACACACACAGAAAAGUGGUUAUUCUUAGGAUCAUUUUGGGUUAGUGUUUGUUUAAAUGAUGGUUUCUCCAACCCGGAAGGCUGAUUGAAGUUGCUGAUUGGUGGAGCAGAUCGUCCUUCACUCACUAUCCUCUUAUAAUUAUUUUACAAGUUGUCUUGCAACAGUACACACACACUCUCACUGAACACACAGACUGUAUGUUUUCUAUAGAGAGCUGGACACACUCAAACUGACUUUGUGUUUGUAAUGUGUAGCUGCUAAAACACACUCGACUGAAAGAAUGAAGUGGUGUGUAUCACACACACACUUUAAAAAAAAGCACUGAACUGUCUCUUUAAAGCAAUAGUCCACCCAAAACUGGCAUUUCUGUCAUCAUUUACUCACCCUCAUGUUGUUCUAAACCCAUAUGACUUUCUUCUGCGCAACACAAAACACGGUUUUGGAAUAUAAUGUAUGUUGUAAUGAAUGUAAUGUAAGUUACAUUAUUAAUGUAUGAAGUUUGUACAGUAAAUAGAGUGAUAUUUGCAGAUGUGUUUGUGCUCUCAUAAAUACUCACAUCACACUUGAUGAUGACAUUUCCGGUGUCAUUCUUACAAUCACGCAUCUUUAAUCAGGACAUGAAGCAACAUCUCUGUUCCUCUCCAGGGUUCACCGGCUCAUUAUGCAAAAGUGGUGAUGUCAUAUAAGUGUGGAGGGGCGAGAGGAGAGGUCCUGAUGUCAUUAAAUGUACAGAGAGUGUAUGUUAAAUAUCAAAUAAAGUAAAACAU